UUGGAGCAGGGCGUGUCUGGCUGUAAGACGAGCUCGCCAUGUUCUCCUUCGGGUAGAGACAGUAACAAGCUCAAGUUCAGGUGUCCGGAGUACCGACCUGCCAUGGAUGAUUACGAGUUUAGGUGGGCUGUGCAGGAGGGAGACGUGGAGACCGUGAGGAGGGGUCUUCAGGCAGGGAGGGACUUCAAUCACAGAUUUCUAAAUGACAGGACCGCACUCCAUUGGGCCAGCAAGUACGGGCAGACUGGGGUAGUGGAGCUGCUGAUUCAACAUGGCGCUGAUCUGGAGGCGAGGUACAAGAAUGGCGUGACCGCACUCCAUCUGGCCAGCUUGAACGGGCGGACUGGGGUAGUGGAGCUGCUGAUUCAACAUGGCGCUGAUGUGACGGCGAGGGACAAGUUUGGGACAACACCACUGGACUACGUGCGUGACCAAGACCGCCGACGUUUCCUAAAGGGAUCUUUCGUCGCCAUCUUCAGAGAUCGAAUGACUCCAGACGAUCAGCCACACGAGCCCACCCCAGGUGUGAAUGUGGGAGCAACCAACAUUCCCGGUGUGGGGCAGGUCAGUGUGUGGGACUUCGCUGGACAGUCGGAGUACGCGGUAACCCACAGCAUGUUCAUGGACGCAGAGAACACCAUCUUCAUUGUGCUCUACAACAUCAUGGUCGACCCCGAAACACAGAAGAAAGAGGUCCACUGGUGGCUGUGUUUCAUCAAGUCCUGCAACACGAAGAGUAAGCCUUACGUCAUCCUAGUGGCCAGUCAUGGGGACCAGACUGAUACAGGACGUCAACAAGCAUCUGUCAUCCUUCAGCUGAUGACGUCAACGUUCAAGGAUCACCUGAACAUCUCAGGCGAAGUGUUUCUCCUCGACUGCAGGAAGACACGUAAAACUGACAUGAGGCGUCUUAAAGACCUUCUGGCAAGACUUAAGACUAAGCUUCUGGAACAUCAGCGAGCCAUUCCCAAGCUGUGUGCCGAGAUCAUGAAGUGCCUUCCAACAUGGGCCAAGGAGAAGUGCAGCCCGAAGUGUCCUGUCUUGAGAUGGGCAGAGUACAAGGAGGCGGUGAUGGAGAUGAUGGGGGUUGACCAGCUGGCCAAUGAAGAUUUUCUCAAGACGUCUUCGCAGUACUUGGCUCACCUUGGAGAGAUCUUGUUUGUGUCCACACCUGCGGAGCCCAUCGUUAUCCUGAAGCCGAACUGGCUCUGCACAGAUGUCUUCGGCAAAGUGAUGGCUCCAGAAAACUUCCCCAUCCAACAUCUGAGAACAAGCAAGGACAUCGUCACGAAAGAGGAAAUCCAGAGGGUGUUCCAUGAUGUCGCCGAUGUGGAUCUCCUGAUCACCCUGCUGCAAGAGUUCCAGCUCUGCCACACCUUUGACGGACAAGAGUUCGUCAUCCCCGGGCUGCUGACACAGACCAUGCCUCCAGAGAAGUGGGUGAAGACUGAGAACCCCGCCAAGACCGUCUACUUCGGCAGGCAAGUCCAGUGUGCCGACACCACCGACAUGUUCUCCUCCGCGUUCUUCCCCCGUGUGCAGACCCGCCUGAUGAGGGAACUGAAGAACCGCCCCCUGCUGUGGAGAGACGGAGCCAAGUGUUUCGACUCCAACGUGGAAAGCCUCAUCAAGCUCUCCCCAGACGGCCGUGCGGUCAACAUCUGCGUGCGAAGCGAGCAGGGCGACAAGCCGAGCUGCCGGCAGAUGCUCCGGAAGAUUGAGGUCAUCCUGAACAACGUGCUCGACGAGGUCAGCCCAGGCACUGCUACCAAGGAGAGGGUGCUCAGCGCUCGUGCACUGAGGGAGCACAGAGAAGAGUUCUACUCCUACAGCAUGGACCAGAUCAACAUGGCCAAAGAAGAGGACGGCAUCGCCCUUCACGACAUCCUCGGCUUCUCAGAAGACGUCGAUGACCUCCUGUACGGCGGGAGAGAUGGCGAUGAAGAGGAGCAAGGAGCUGUUGGAUACACGGUCCAACAAACGUUGAACUUAGUGUACGGGUCUGGUAAUGUUAUCAGUUCAGGUGACCAUGCUCACUUCGACAUGGCAACCAUCGUGCAAGGCGACCUGGGGCAGCUACAGUUGGAAGGGAAUGGGCCUAGAGACCAGGGACAGCCACAGUUGGAAGGGAAUGUUCCUGGCGAUCUGGAACAGCUGCAGUUGGAGGAGUAACUUUUCAUUCGUUCUAGCACACACACACCCUCCCCCAAAAUCCAGUAGGCUGUGUAUCAAGGUGCCGCAGGACCACUGCAGCCAGAGGACGGUGUGCCCGAAACUAGCUCAGAUCAAGGACUGGCCCUGGAAUGACAUUUUGUAGGCAGUUGACAGCUAAUUCUAACGUGGGUGCCAUUAAUUUGAUUUUGCUAUGAGCUACUUGCUCUCUUUUUUUCGGCCAGUGCAUCCCAGGAUUGGUGCCAUUUGAUUUCACGGGCUUCUUACACUUUUUUUCGGCCAGGGGAGUGUAAGGAGCCUAUCGGAUGGCACCCAGGC